GCAUAAAUAGAUUCUCGUCACCCUCGAUGUGAGGGGCAUUAGACACUUCCAGUACAAACCAUGGCCUCCCAAGCAAGCAACCACCCACUCAAGCAUGUCUGCCCGCACAUCCUGUCGCUGCUGUCCAAGCUGCACAAUCAAUCAGCAGCACAGGAAGCCCACCUGACUUGGGAUGACUUCGAGCCCGGGACGGUCGACGAGAAGAUGCGAGACAAGUUCAUUGCCAUCGAACAAGACAAAGCCUAUUUUCUCUACCAAAUGGGCCUUGCAACCGGCGCCAAAACCAUUGUCGAGACCGGCACAUCCUACGGCGUGAGCACCAUCUACCUUGCCCUGGCCGUUGCAGCCAAUGUGGAGGCCACGGGUGGCCCUGGCAAAGUCAUUGCGACGGAGCAUGAGCCCGCGAAAGCAAGAAAGGCCCGAGAGCAUUGGAAUGCUUGUGGAAGCUCGGUACACAACCUCAUCGAGCUGCGUGAGGGAGAUGUCAAGGCGACUUUGAAGCAUGAACUUGGAACGGUGGACAUGCUCUUGCUGGAUAUCUGGGGCCCACUGCUGCUCCCGGUCUUGAAACUGGUGCAGCCGGCACUGAGACCUGGGGCUGUGAUCAUUACCGACAACACGAUUAGUGCUGCGGAACACUGUAAGGAGCUCCUUGAUUAUAUGCGUGCUCCGGAGAGUGGUUUUAGGAGUCUAACGCUCCCAUUUAACAAUGGCCUCGAAUUGAGUGUAUACCAGCCGGGAAACGCGCAGUGAGGAUGACGGAGGCAUGGGGAUCAAAGGAAGUGCUGUAUUGGAGAGGGAGGAUCCUCGCAACCAUUUUGGAUGAAAUGUGCAUGAAGGUUUUCCUUGAACGAUCCUUUCCGUCAAUCUACUCGAAGCUAUAGACUGUCCAGCUUGAGGGAGAGACCAGUGAUUCAGUUUCAUAGUGAGAGGUAGAAAU